UAUCGGUUAAACCGAACAAAGAGAGCCAGUGACCUAGUGCCCUCUCUCCUCAUCUCGUCUCUGCAUCCCUGUGCGUAGGUUCUCAUAUAAAGAUCUGCUAACUAGAUGCGCCGUUAAUUAGUGGGUGUGGAGAAACAUACCCCUGGACUGAAAGAUGAACAUACUACCUAUGCGUAUCAAAGAUGAAGGUAGGUUGGUUGGGGCAUUGCUCGCCUCCCAUCAGCUACCUGUGCUUGCUCAGAACACGAUGGAAGACAGGACCACACAGCUACCAUCUACCUUGGUGGACGGUCCAUCGACCCAUGCGAUACAAUACCGAACCGACAUUCAAAUUUCAGAAGUGACCAGGGAGGACACUCCAGGAUGGAAAUGGACAUCUUUCAGGUUUCCACACGGCUCUGCGGCUCUGUCUCCGAGCCUCGAUGUGGAUCGAAGAAUGGAGCCAUGGAUAGGGUUGUUUGGCGCAGGUCGCUAUGUUGAUACAUAAGUCUUGAUGCCGGAGGAACGUUCGGAAAACGAUUCGGGAACCGCCGCCCCCCAUCUCUUGAAUCCAGAUGUCCCACCCAGAACAGUGGCAGGAAAGACAGCAAGGACGUCCAAUGAGAGCAUUAUCGAUUUCCUC